AGUCGCUCCAGAAGCUCGGAUUAGGAGUUAGUGUUGUUGUGUUAGAUGAUCGCUUGAGUGACCGACAAUUCGGCUUUCUUCGUCCUCUGUAACCUCGACGUCGGGAGCAGAUGAUUACCACGACAGAGAAUAGGCUUCAAGCCUCAGCUCAAGUUACACAGCAAGGUCACAAAAUGGAGGCGAAAACGGGGACUCAGGACUGCGCAGGAUGCGGAAAACCCAUAUCUGAAAGGUAUAUGCUCAAAGCAUUGGACCUAUACUGGCAUGAAGACUGCCUCAAAUGUGGUUGCUGUGAUUGUAGACUAGGGGAAGUCGGAUCAACUCUUUACACAAAAGCCAACCUUAUUCUCUGUAGGAGGGAUUAUUUAAGGCUGUUCGGAAGCACGGGUUAUUGUUCCGCCUGCUCAAAAGUUAUUCCUGCCUUCGAAAUGGUGAUGAGAGCGAGGACGAACGUUUACCACUUAGAAUGUUUUGCCUGCCAACAGUGUAACCACAGAUUCUGUGUUGGUGACAGAUUUUAUCUCUGUGACAACAAAAUACUUUGUGAAUAUGACUAUGAAGAGCGAUUAGUGUUCGCAAACAUGGCCUACAACCCAAACCAGCUAGCUCAACUUAAAAGACAAGCCAAUGGACAAAUUCCAUCACCAUCGUUGGGCCCUACCCCUGUGAGGAGUAUAGGAUCUGGUGACCUCAACAACAACAUGUCUCAACAACAGUCCGUACUGAAGGCACCAACCAGCUGAUAACCAGUUGUAUAUUUAAAUAAUUCCAAAGCCUAAACCCACCUUUGUGUGUCUCUCUCUCAUUCUCUCCUAAAGAGUUACCUCCUAUUUGCCGCAUUCAUGUGAUAGUUAUUUUUUGCAAAAAGUGACUAAAUUUAAAAAUGUUUAAUGAUGUAAUAAAAGAGAAGAGGGAUUUGCAUUCCCGAGGCUGCAAGGACUAUUGUAAAUAUUAAAGUUAAGUUUUAGUCUCGCAAGCACGAACCCUUAAACAAGUAUUAUGCAUAUAGAUUAUACCUGCAUGUUUAGAAGGACCUCAUGUAAAUAUAAAAUUUGUAUAUUGCUUAACGGAUAUUCCUAUAAUGAAUAAAAUUUAUUGAUAUAGACACUUAAGGUUAUUGAUUUAAGAAAAAAAUACUUGCAAGGACUCAUCGGCUUCAAAUAUGUACAUACUAUGGAGUAUAAUUUUGCUUCAAUGAUAAAUUAUGUAAAUAUUUAAUAGAAUGUUUUUGAAAUAAAUGUUAACCAAAUAUAGGUUUUAUAACAAUAAAAUUAAAUCUUCAUUUAUUUGUGAUUUUAA